AUGCAAGCUAGCCCCCACCAGGAGACCUGGAUUUACAACCAGGAGGCCGAGCAGGACGCCGAAGGCCAGUUCGGCGCCCCCCCACGCCAUGAGGCGAGCUCCCUGAACGAGCUCUACUAUGGCCCCCUACCGGAGGCUGUGGCACCAACCGACCUGCCGCUGUAUGAGCACCCGCUCCCUGACUCGGACAUUCUCUUUGGCGCGGACACGCUUAACACGGCCGCCGCCCAGUCUGCCUCCUCGGCCGACGCGGCUGACACAAGGCGCAUCGGCACAAAGAUGGCCCUUCGCAUGCCGGUUCACCUGCUUCGGUCGACGGUCUCCCUGAAGACCUCGUCCCCGGCCACGGGAGAUACCGCUGCCCCGGCUGCGCUGCACUUCAUGAUCCACGCCGAGGCGGCCUUUGUCCUGAAGGCGUUCUUCUGCCCGGAGGGGCUGCUUCCCGGUGUCUCAACCGGUGGCAACACCCAGGUCAUUUCUGCCGAGUCCCAAAAGGCUCUGCCCGCCUUCUUUGAGCUCCCACUGGAGGCCGGCUAUCACCAGACCGUGGCCGUUCCCCUGAGCCAGGACGUCCUCGACUCGGUGGCCACUGUGCCGCCUCCAGCCGCCGCGGCUCCCCCCGGCACAGCCGCCGACGAGGCAGGCGGCGAGGCGGACGGCACGCCUGCAACCGCGGAGCCCGACGCACCGGCACCUGCCGAUCCCGAAGCCGAGAUUGACUCCGCCACCAAUGUGCCCCCGGCCGCCGCGGCACACUCCUCGCCUGAGAUCGAGGCCAUCAAGCCCACGCUGGCCAUCGUGCUCGAGGCGCGCGGGCUGCCGGCCGCCACCGCCAGCAAGCAGGGCCACGAGUCCCCAGUCGGCCAGAUCACCCUGGUCCGGCUGCUGGGCGGCUGCCCGGACUCCGGCCUCCCAGCCACCCCGGCACAGGUGUCCUCACGCGUUGCCGCGCAGUGGCUCCUUGCCAACUCGCUCCUCUUCCUGUAUUACGACAUUUUCGGCGCGGCCCCGUCGCCGCCGCCGGCCGCCGUGGUUCCAACCCCGGUCACCGCUCUUGGGACACCGGCCGCCGUGGCGCCGCCCGGCUCGGGAGCCCCCCCGCCCCUCGACGCCGAGAGCUACCUCUCGGCCUCCGAGUGUGUCAUCUGUCUGACGGAUCCCCGCGACACGUUGGUGCUGCCUUGCCGGCAUCUGUGCCUGUGUGGCCUGUGUGCUGAGCAGCUGCGGAUUUCUUCGUCCAAUUCCUGCCCGAUCUGUCGCCGGCCGUACGCCUCCUUCCUGCGGAUCACCCUCGGCCCGGAGGAGACCACGGCGCCGGAGCAGCCCGGCCUCCAGAUUUCCCAGAACGUAUAAUGUGAUAAGACGAAUACACGUGACUAUUACCAA